AUAAUAUUUAUAGAAGUAAUAAGGUAGAGAAUCCGAUGUUAUUUGUUGGCAUAAUCCACACAUUACGAGGACUAAUAUAUACACCAAAGCAUUAGGCAGAGGAAAUUGGGGUUUCCCUUCGCAUUUAACUCAUCAAGUUGAAGUUGUACUUACGGCAUGGCAAGUGAAUGUAAAGCAUCCUUUGAAACUGUUUCCAACGUCGACAGCUGUCCGGACAACGAAUCCUCAUGGAAAGACAGGGCGAAUAUAAAAAACUGCACUAUCCAAACAAAAUGUGACAAUAAAAAAUUGGAAUAUCAUUGCCUGCUAACUGGUUAUCAAAACCAAUCCAUUGAAGUGUGUGCUCCCAAUACCCGUUUAGUAAACGACUACUGCCCAGCUUAUAGCAUUCAAGGGAAACGAAUAACUGACCAGUUCAAUUGUUCGAUACGUUUUAGACAGCAAUGUCCAAAGAAUCAACAUUAUUCAAAUACAAUUUACAAUUAUCCUAUUUGUUUACAAAGACGUGUUUCUGUAGAUCCAGAAAAGCCCAACGUAGACACCGGGGAUACAAACAGCUCACCAAUAAUCGCAUUAGCAAUCAGUAUACCUCUGAUUGUGCUCCUUAUCGUUUUCUUUAUGGUUUACCGUUAUAGAAAAAGAAUAAAGCGUACCUUUAAUCAUGGGUUUACUGGAGACGAAGAGGGCGUGCCUUUAAAUGACCUGAAAGAAUUGUCAAUACUUCUGAUCGGAAAAACUGGAACAGGCAAAAGUGCAACUGGAAACACUCUGCUGGGGAAGAAAGUAUUUGAUGAAGAUCUUUCACCAAGUGCAGUUACGGAAUAUUGCAAACAGGAAUCCGCAACACGGUUUGGCAAAAAGAUAUGUGUCAUUGACACCCCAGGUCUUUUUGAUCCCAGUAGUCCUGACGCAAACUUUGAAUCUAUGGAGAAUGACCUACGAAGUUUGUUAUCCUCAGGUGUGGACGUCAUUUUACUUGUAUUUACCGUAAAAGUUACCUUAAGCAGAAACGAGGAUUUAAAAACAAUAGAAAAUAUUGAGAAGUUUUUUGGUGAUGCAUUUUACAAUCACUGCAUACUUUUGUUUACUGGUGAUGAUGAGCUCCGGAAAGAAAAAAUUGGUUUUAGUAGAUAUUGGCGAGAAGUGCCUGAAUUUAUGAAAGAGUGUUUUGAAAAGUCUCAGCGUAGAAAAAUCAUCUUUGAUAACACACUUAAGGUUGACAGUAAAAAUCAUGUCAAACAAGUAAGAGAUUUAUUUGACAUGAUAGAAAGUUAUUACCAAGCUGGCAACGUCUUCCACCUCCCCCCUAAGAGGGAUUGCGCUUAA